UAAAAAGUGCCACAAAUCAUGCCAAACACGUCCUGCGCCUUAUUGCGGUGUAUGUUAGGGCCCAAUAUGUCUAUUUGAUGCCGACUCUAUUAUGAACGUGCUGUGCUGUGUUCUAAUAAACAAUUUAUUUGUGUGUUCUUUAUCCCUGCAGUACAAACAAGUGGAGCAGUACAUGUCCUUCCACAAACUUCCGGCAGAUUUCCGUCAGAAAAUCCACGAUUACUAUGAGCACCGUUACCAGGGCAAGAUGUUUGAUGAAGAAAGCAUCCUGGAGGAGCUGAACGAACCGCUCAGAGAGGAAAUCGUGAACUUCAACUGCCGUAAGCUGGUGGCCUCCAUGCCUCUAUUCGCCAAUGCAGAGCCCAAUUUCGUGACAGCGAUGCUUACAAAGCUGCGUUUCGAGGUUUUCCAGCCUGGCGAUUAUAUAAUCAGAGAGGGAACCAUCGGGAAAAAGAUGUACUUCAUUCAGCACGGCGUGGUGAACGUCAUCACUAAGGGAACUGUCGGGAUGAAACUCACUGACGGAUCCUACUUUGGAGAGAUCUGUCUGCUGACUCGAGGUCGGCGAACAGCAAGUGUACGGGCUGAGACCUACUGUCGCCUGUAUUCGCUCUCGGUGGACAACUUUAAUGAGGUUUUGGAGGAAUAUCCCAUGAUGAGGAGAGCCUUCGAGACCGUGGCCAUUGACCGACUCGACCGCUUGGGAAAAAAGAAUUCCAUCCUAAUGAACAAAGUGCAGCAUGACCUAAACUCCGGCAUCCUGAACAACCGCGAGAAUGAGAUGAUCCAGGAGAUCGUAAAGUACGACCGUGAGAUGGUGAAGCUGAUUGACCUGCAGCGGCCACGGGCCAUGUCCAUGACACCCUCCAUCCCGUGUGGAAUGUUUGCACCGCCUGGCCAAUCACAGGGCAGCUCUGCCAUUGCCACUCUACAGCAGGCGGUCGCCAUGAGCUUCUGUCCUCAGUUCGGAGGCCCAAUGGUAGGUCCAAGCAUGCAGUCCUUGCAGUCGCCCAGGAUGGUCCGACGCUUCCAGGUGGUGCAGAAUCUUGCCAGCCCGAUAGCAAUUUCUCCCCAACAGUCUCUCCCAAUAGCCUCUGCUAUAGCCAGUCCACCUGUGCAAAGUCCUCUUGCGGCAGCAGGCGCAGUAGGUGGACGGACUUUUAUGUAUGGGAGUGGUCCAAUGGGUGCACGCUCAGGAUCUCAGUUGUCUCUCAUCCAGCAGCACGUUCCUAGUCCAACGCGACCUACCCCGAUUAAGAGCACCCAACCGUUGCACCAAACAGGCAGCCUGACGCAGGAUGCCAGAGCUUUAUCGGCUUCACAACCCAGCCUCCCACAGGAUGGCGCUCCACCCGUCGUGCCCAGCCCACCACCGUCAACCCGUGUUUCCUCAACGUCGAUUGGCCCACCACAAGCAGCCCAUCCUGCAGUUCCAGGACCGUCCGGUGUCCGGAGCGUAGUUCUUCAGAGAAUGGUUCUGCCACACCCAGCGCCCGCAGCCGCGGUUGGGAAUUACCCGUCCACACCUCCUCCUCCUCCUGCUCCUACAGGCACUACACCUGCUGUAGCAGGACCGGACUUGGUUAUACGCAAGAAAGAUUCAAUAGUCAGCCUUCCCGAGACGGACUUCACAGCCAGAUCCCGGCUUUCGUCCAACCUCUGACGAGAACUCUGAGACUCUUUGCAAAACUUUUUGUGAGUCACAGUUUGCUUUUGUUUUUUUUAGCUCGUAGGGUGGCUUUUCAUAGGAACCAAAGGGAGGAAGAUCAGAUAAACCUAAGGUGCAGUCACAUUUACUGUAGCUCAGUGAGAUUUCACAGGUGAGAUUGAGUCCUUCUGAAAGAAAUCUGUGUGAAUACUGAUACUGUGAUACUGGGUGAGGUAAAAAAAACAAAAAUGUGUUAAGUAGAUGGUGCUCACUUUCAAGUUCAAUGACUAUUGGGAAUGUGAUUGACUUUAAAGUAAGGUCUGCGUGAGCUUUUUUCAUUUCUACACUCUUGACCAGGGAGAAAGGAGUGUGAAAUUUCAUUGAAAUAUGGCUAAUGUGUCUGCAUCUUUACCGAAGCUUGAUUUAACAGACACUAUGCUUGAUGUACUCAUGAAAGAUCUUCAUGAGACAGACUUGACAUUGUGGGUAACUACUAAUGAAGUCUCAGCUAAACUUUUAGUGAGUCACAGUAUUGUUUUUUCGUUCGUAGGGUGGCUUUUCAUAUAGGAACCAAAGGGAGGAAGAUCAGACUGACUUGCAUGGGCAGUCACAUUUACUAUUGCUUUGAAUAUUUGCUGGUGAAAUCGAGUCCUUCUGAAAGAAAUCUGUAUGAAAUGGGAUUUCGGGUGCGGUCAAAAAGGAUGUUUGUAGAUGACUUAGGAAUUUUCUUGAUUUGAAAGUGAGGUCUGUGCGAGUUUCAUCAUUUCAUCUCUAUGCUGUAGACAAUUAAGAAUGGACUGCGAAAUUUCACGGCGAUCUAUGUGAGAGCUUUGCUAGACACACUUCAUAGUCAGAUUGGGAUUCAUGUCAAGGUUCAGUUCUCUGAGAUUCUUUACAAACGUUUUUGUGGGUUACAGACUGCUGUUGUUUGGGUACAUAGGGUUGUUUGUCAUUGGAACCAAAGUAAGGCACUUAAGGUGCAGUCAGAUUCACAAUCACUCAGUGAAAUUUUGUAAUUGAGUGAUUGCAAAAGAAAUCAAAAUGAUCGCUUGCUUGAAUUUUUCACACCUAAUGAUAGAUAUUUGCUUGAUUUGAAAGUGUGUUAUGUGCUGUUCUCUCUACGCUGUUGACAAGACAAAAUUUCUCCACACUUUUACCACUAAAAGUUUUAACAUCCUACAGGCACUAUGCUUGACAUAGUUAUACUGAGCUUGAUUUUACAAAAGAAGAAUGGUCAUGACGCAGAAUUCAUAGCCAGAUUGUGGCAUUAGUCCAGCCUUUAACAAAUUUUAAAGACUUGUUGCAACCCAGCAGGCACAGGAUGUCAACAUGACGUCAGAUUGUCGUUGCACCCUAACCUUGUGGUAUGUUGCAUUUUGGGUGGAUAUGAAAAUUGGGUUGACGUCAGAACAUUGGAUUUUGGUCACUUUUACCAACGCA